UUUUAUAUAGCGUUUCGAUCGUAUGAAGUCGACAUCGACGCCUAGCGAACACUCGAGACUAAAAUACAAAUAGUUGUCACUGUUUGUUUUUUGGGGGGACUUUGAGUGUUGUUUUGCCCGGGCAAAACAAAAACACAAGGGGACUUUAUUCAUGUGAUGGCGAUAUGUGUUGGUCUACUCAAGUGGACGUUUGUGCUGAUCCCACUGGUAGUUUGUUCUGGUGGUUGUAAUGGAGCUCCGUGCGAGGACCUAGCUCGGAGUGUGCUGGGCGCCCUUGAGGGGGCAGUGGGCUUCUUCGCUCGGGAAUACGGCGAGGUGAAUCUAGACGCUGUGGUCGGAGUCCGGAUCGCUCAGAGUCAAUUGCAGUCGGCAUUGACUGAGCUUGACUUUGAGCAUAACUCCAAGCUGAAGGCUUUCCGAGUAGAUAUUGAGGGGUUAUCCAGGAAAGCUGGGACGGUGUGUGAUGAGGCGAUCCCAGUGGUCAAACGGCAGUAUCCAAAAGAUUAUAGAGAUUUAGGGAUGCUAGUCAGUGAUAACUUCUGGAGUACGAGACGGCGCACUGUCAUGAAGAGAACAGACCCGUCUCUGAGCAGCCCUUCACGGCAGCUCAUCGGCUCUGAAACACUCAGCGAACCACUCACGGACAAAUGCAUCAGCGAACUCCUUGGAACAAAAUCCGAACCCUGUAGAAUAACAUCGUCUUGCUGGAAUCUUAUGACACCGCGAGGAUACCGUAGCUACUCCCUCACACAUCAGAUACUCUAUUUCAAAGUUGCAGCACAGCUGGGAUGCGAGUCUCAUAUCACGAAAAGAUUUCACGAUCAGAGGAUGGCUACGGUGAACGUGAACUCCUUAAUGGACGGCUUUUGCUCUGAUGUGUUACGGGAGGCAGAAGCGACCGAGGCGAUGGGAUUUCCCUCUGGCAGUCAAGACCUCUUCAUGGAACAAGUCCUUUUAUGCGGACUCAUAGGUUAUGAAGACUUCUUCAAGUUACCAUGGUUACGGACUGUGCUCAGCUGGCAGGAUGAUAGCGGCUGUUUUACCGGUGAAGAACACCGCCCUCACGCGGACGAGAUUGAAAAAGAUGAAUCGGGUUAUAAGGAAACCUAUGAUUUUUUGCGAGAGCGAAGGAGAGAAAAGGAAAUCAAAGCAAGCGGUUGUUUAAUCCACAAGACUUCGGUUGCAGUUGGUUUAUUGUCCAGUUAUCUUCGUGUACUCCUAGACUCCAUGGCAACGAAACCAUCAAUGGAGAAUUGUAUUGCGCUGUCGCCUGAGAAUUAGUGAGGGGUGUAGUACCGAACGAGUUUUAAAGAUUAUUAUUCGCAAAGAAAUUGUAUAAAAAAGAAGAAGAUUAAGGUUAGGCCUACUUCUCUUAUAUUUGUACUUUUAUGAUUUCACCUUUUCUCACAAGCUGUUAAAGACACUGGACACCUUUGCUAAUAAUUGUCCAAGACCAGUCUUCCCACUUAAAAAGCCGUUUUCUGCAAUUUGGGACAUUACAUGUUUUUGUUGUCCCUUUUCUUUUAGAAUUCCCUUUAAAAUGGAGGAAUCUUAUCCCUGCCUCACAAAAAAAAAAAAAAAAAAAAAAA